CCGUGAUGCCGUUUUAUUGGCGAAUGUAGCGCGUGCGCGAUUGAAGCUGAGAGAGGCCUUACUGGUCCAAAGCUUGUUUGCAUCCCGCGUCCCUCUCCUUGAGGCAGUUGUGCCUUUUGGGAGGACGGGAAGAUGAGCAGCUCUGAGGAGGUAUCCUGGAUUUCCUGGUUUUGUGGUUUGCGUGGCAAUGAGUUCUUCUGUGAGGUGGAUGAAGACUACAUCCAAGACAAGUUCAACUUAACUGGCCUCAAUGAACAAGUUCCCCACUAUCGCCAGGCUUUGGAUAUGAUCCUUGAUUUGGAACCAGAUGAAGAGCUUGAGGACAAUCCUAACCAGAGUGACUUGAUUGAACAGGCAGCUGAAAUGCUCUAUGGACUCAUUCAUGCCCGCUACAUCCUCACAAACCGUGGCAUUGCCCAGAUGCUUGAGAAAUACCAGCAAGGAGACUUUGGAUACUGCCCUCGAGUUUAUUGUGAGAAUCAGCCUAUGCUGCCCAUUGGUUUAUCUGAUAUCCCAGGGGAAGCUAUGGUCAAACUGUACUGCCCCAAGUGUAUGGAUGUCUACACUCCCAAAUCUUCCCGCCAUCAUCACACAGAUGGUGCCUAUUUUGGAACUGGUUUUCCCCACAUGUUGUUCAUGGUGCAUCCUGAGUAUCGGCCGAAGAGGCCAGCCAAUCAGUUUGUGCCCAGACUUUAUGGAUUCAAGAUCCAUCCUAUGGCUUACCAGCUGCAGCUUCAGGCCGCCAGCAAUUUCAAGAGCCCGGUCAAAACUAUCCGUUGAUCUUCUGUGUCCAGGUGCCCAGGAUCCAUCCCUGAAACUUCCUUUACCCCAGUCAGGGCUGCUCAUAGUUUGGUUUUGGUGAAGUCCCCUAUGGACUGUUUGUCACUUUCAGCCUGAUUUUUAGUCUCAUUUCUGGUGCGUGGUUGAAAUGAAUAAUAAAACAAUUUCUGUUAAUUCCCAGAAACACAGACUGUGACAGAUACAUUCAGUAGCCAACUUGAAUGACAUAAUUUUGUGGGCUUUUUUUUUCUUUUUUAAAAAUAAAAAAACUCAUUAAAAAUGUAAA